UGCCGCACUUCCGGUUGCGCAGUCGAGCAAGGAACGGUCCGUUUCCACAUGUCAGCUGAUUUAACUCAUUCCUGUCUGCUCGCUGACCGAAAGAAAUAUGUCUGGAAAGGAUAGGCUACCGAUUUUCCCUUCUAGGGGUGCCCAGAUGUUGAUGAAGUCUCGUCUGGCAGGAGCACAGAAGGGACAUGGAUUACUCAAGAAGAAAGCUGAUGCCUUGCAGAUGAGAUUCAGAAUGAUUUUGGGCAAAAUCAUUGAGACAAAAACUCUGAUGGGUGAAGUCAUGAAAGAAGCGGCGUUUUCUUUAGCAGAGGCUAAAUUUGCCACUGGUGAUUUCAACCAAGUUGUACUUCAGAAUGUGACUAAGGCACAGAUUAAAAUUCGCUCAAAGAAGGACAACGUAGCGGGUGUAAAUCUUCCAGUUUUCGAAUCCUAUCAGGACGGUACAGAUACAUAUGAGCUAGCUGGAUUAGCUAGGGGAGGUCAACAAUUGGCCAAAUUGAAAAAGAAUUAUCAAAGGGCAGUGAAACUGCUUGUCGAACUCGCUUCAUUGCAGACGAGUUUUGUCACUCUGGAUGAAGUCAUCAAAAUCACAAAUCGUCGUGUUAAUGCGAUCGAGCAUGUCAUUAUCCCUAGAAUUGAACGCACUCUGGCAUACAUUAUUUCGGAAUUAGACGAGCUUGAAAGAGAAGAGUUUUACAGGCUGAAGAAAAUUCAGGACAAAAAGAAGAUUGCCAAAGCUAAGACCGAGGCCCAGCGAUUAGCGAAUAUCGAAGCUGGAAAACACGUAGAUGCAGCUAACAUGCUGGAUGAGGGUGACGAAGAUUUACUUUUCUAAAAAGUUUGAAUCAGUUUCUGAUAAAAUGCGUAGUACAUGACGCAGAAUAUGCAGUGAGAAUGAAAAGAUUUUUACAUAUUGUAUAAUCUGUGUGAUGCGCUCCGACAAAGUUGAAAAUUGAGAUGAAAAUGAUAGAAAAGUUUCGUAAUGAUUAGACAAUACCUGAGAGUCAAAAUGAAGAAAAAUGAAGGAAAGAAAGAAAAAUACCUUUAUGUUAUGACGAUAAUAUCGAUCGUACCAAAACUGUUAAUAAUACGCAUAUUUAGGGCACAAAACUUUUUUGUUCCGUGUUGGUACUCUUUCUUUUUGUCUUUCAUUUUUAUUUCAUUGCUCUUAGCCAACGGCAUUUUGAUAAUGCGUGCAAAAAUGUUUCUAUUCAAGAGUCUCUAAUCAAGGAAGCGAACAGCUCCCUAGCUUCCUUUUUCACAGACUCUUCAGCACAGUCGACAGCGGCUCAGCCAGUUUGCAAUAAUUUAUAUGUGGUACUUGAUGGCAUACAAGGUUUACGUGAAAAACAUUGCAACGCAAUAUGUACCUACCAAUUUUGCCAAUACACAUAUAUUUCAGCACUCAUAAAUCUACUAGGAUGUACAGUACAUCAAUCAGUCGUUUCUGAUCAGAAUAAAUAAAAGUAUCACCAAUGUAUUAAUAAUAAUAAUUAGUUUAAUUAGGCGAUACGAUAUGAGAAGUGAUACCUUGCUAUCGUUUUGAAAACGUACUUCUACUGUUACUGUUUACUCAUAUGGGUAGGUCCCGUAAGUGUAUUAUAAAUCAUUUGUAGGCUAACAUUACAUAUUGCUUGGAAAAAGAUUAUUAUAUAUCAUCGCAAGGCGUAAGAAUGAUACCAUAUAUAUAGCCAUUAUUAUUUGAACAUAAAAAAAAAAAUGUAAAUUAAAUAUAAAAUACGUAUAGAUGGUUUUGGCUUAUUCUCUGUACCUGUAUGAUAUAAAGUGAAUUAUAGUUAUUA